AUGGCACCUGUUAGAUAUUCAUCACCAAAAAUGGAGAUAUUAAAUUGGGAAAUAGAAAUAACAAUUAGACCAUCAAUACCUGCUCAUGUGAGUCACUGGAAGAAAUUAAGACAAUUACAUAAACAUACAAAGGAAAGAUUAAACAUCUUGUUAACAAAUAGUAACCACUGCCCACAUUGUAAUCAAGAAUCGGAACAAGAUUCUUGGGAGAAUAAUGAACAAUAG